AUGUACAUCGGUAAGAAUUGUGCCAGUCAAGCUGCACGCUACAUCAACUCGCAGCUCGCCGCACUGUAUGAGAAUGCCGUAGAGUGCCUCGACACUCAUGGAUGUGCAGCGAAUAUGGACGACGAGUGCAGAUCCUCCUAUGCUCUUGCCGAAUACUCCGACUUUGGACAGUCUCGAAGCAAGAAGCUGAAAGACAGGGUGUUUCAUGCCGUCUUCAACCAGCCACACGUUGAUUUCAUCUGCAAUCACGCCGCUAUCCUUUGUUUGAGCAUCCGAUACGGUUUCUACUGUAUUGAAAAUGUAUUUUCAGCUCAUCAGCAACCUGUGACUAUAUCGGAUGUGAAUGUCAAAUUCUGCAUCUCAUUUGACCGCGAACGGCACAUCCUCCCUGCUUCUGAGUCUCGCAGGUCCUUAAAUGCUAUCCAGCUGGUUAUACUUGACUUCAUGAAUGCCCAGCUGGUCUCCGCUACUGCUGACGUGGCAAUUGACGGAAGCAUUCUGGAGUCUCAUCUUGCGCGAUACCUUAGGUUCCUGCAGGAUGCGGGCAGCAACAUCUUCCCAUCAUUGCCGGAGUUCGAUGCCAGGAAACCAAAUCUGACCAUUGACUUCUCGCUCUUUGGAAGCGCCUUCUUCCGUUUAGGCCGACACAAGAUAGGCAAUGUAUCUGUCAAAGAGAUAAAUAACUACCUUGCGUCGACUUGGUUCAAGGCUUCGACGCUUGAUGCAGAGCGAAAUAUCGAUUCGGACUGGCGGGCGACCUCUCUCGCGGACCUGAACAGCGUUCGUGCGCUUCCCGCAAUAUCGAAUGUCCACUUCCAGCUUAGUUUCGACCCCCCUCGCCUCAACUUGAUCUGUUCCCGCGAAGCUGUCGUCACAUUUCGCCUCUCUGAUGUGAAGUUCUUCGACACCCCUUCUCUGGAAGGUCCUCCCAAGCGACAAUAUGGAGCAUGCGAUAUUGUUGUUUUGUUUGACAUAUAUCACGAGAUCGAGGGGCAUAUCGUGCGAUGCAAGCUUGACAUAAACUCGGCGCGCAUUGUGAACGAUGCAUGCAAACUCCCAUAUGUCGACGACGGUGAUGAGACAGCAAUUGAGUACUGGACGGGACUACUCAAAUUCUUCGUACCGGGUUAUGUCGAGAUCCUAAAGAGCGCUAACUACCACGUGGUCUAUUAUGACGACGAGCGUGUACAUGCAUCCGCUGCUGGUGAAGGGCGCUCCCCACUCCCGUCGAGUCCUGCCACUCAGGUGUCUUUCGCGUGGAAGCAGGCGUUGACGGACACAGACCUGCAUGGCUUCGACCAAGUCAUUGUCGUUUCUCAGUCUUCGGCAAACGCGCACUUGUAUGACUUGUAUUCUCGCUCGCUGAAGGAUCCGGACCUCGAAUGGUUGUCCGACUGGGGGACCGAUGAUUUCCAUGCAAGGGUGCAACCAAUGACAUGCUGCCUGCUUAGCAACAACAAGGCCAUCGUAUGGGUAGACCUUGCAGUAGGAAACCUCAAGAUGCCCGAUCAGGAGUAUGAAUUUGAAGAUUUGCGCCUUGCGUUUGAACUGACUCUGAAAAUGUUCACUCACGACAACCUGUUUCUCUCCCGGAACGGUCUUCGGAUAUUCGAGAACUCCCUAGCAUACAAGGAUCACUGCCUUGAUGGUGCCUACGAGUUCAGGCAUAUAUGUCUUGAUUUCACAUCUUGCAAAUUCCUUCAUGAGUAUUCUAGGUUUGAGAGUGUAUUUGAGCAUUGUGACAGAAAUACGAUCGACGUUGCUAGAGCUAUAAUCAACAACAUUCAAAAGCAAUAUUUCUCCGUGUUUACAACGGAAGGACUUGGCGUAAUUCAUACUCUCCCAAUCUGGGCCGGCGACGCUCUGCAGGAUCGGCCAGCACACGUAUUGACUGACGUUGCUUUCUAUGUACACUCGGAGUCGACAGUGGACCGUCAAAACUGGAUGGAAGUUUCAGAAUUUCUGGCCCCAGUUAUUGUGGUCCUAGGCAUGUGCAACUUCCGCAGGCUUCCCUUCCGAUACCUCGACCUCCCACCCUCCUGGCAUGCUCUCGCAAAUGAGCAGGGUUCGCAUGGCAUCUUGGCCAUCGACCGGACAGUCUUUCUGGAAGAUUGGUUGCUCAAAUCUUUGGCAUAUGUCAACCGAGCUACAACUCUGAUCCCCGAAUUUUCUCGACCAAAAGACGGUAGCUGGGAGCCAGAGAUGAUACCAUGGGCUACUCACUGCUUUAAGAAGGACCAUCCGUGCCGAUGGCAGCUCAGAUCUGAGCAGGAUGGUUUUCUCAGGUUCGCGUGGAAGAAUCUUGACGGAUGGAACUACGGACACGAGAGUGGGCCUACCGACAGCAUGAACGGAUCGUACGCAAUAUCAUGCGGAACCCGGAACUAUUUGGAGAUCCCCAGCUUAGGCCCACAAAAAGAAUUGAACAUCAAAAUUAGGGGUGAGAUUGAGCUUCGAUUGUCGUGCAAUUCUAGUCGGACACAUUGGAGUGUCAAGUCGUCUGCUAAGUGGGAUAUUGUAUUGGUGAUCGUGACCGAAAGCAGCGGUCUUCACUUCGAGUUGCAGACUCGCUCUGCUAUGUUUGAUUUUGCGAGGAACGAGAUCGAAGGAGAUACCACCGCGGUAGCGGAUGCUAAGGCCCUUCUAAAGGAAUGUCUCCAAGAUUCGCUCGACUUCACGACGAUGAUGGAUCAGCUUUGGCCUCUCGAAGGAAUAUGGCAAUCGUGUUACCCAGGAUCGCUCGGGUUCACUCUCGCCCAUCCGGGUUUCAGUACCCAGGGAGAUGUCUUACUCAAGCUUCGACCUUUCGGUCAACUCUCAUCAGCUGAUCACACUGCUCCAGGAAGCAGACAGGCAUUAACUAUAUGUUCCCGGCGAAGGUCUCAAUCGAGCUGCACUGUCUCGCCACGGUCAUCCCCCUCACGCCAUCUACCUUCUCUACCUUCGCCUGGCUGCCCUCCAUCCCUGUCUCCACCCGCAUCUCGGUUGUUUGGUGCACUUUCUCCUCCAUCGCAACGGUUCGUACGACCCUCCGCGCGAGACGUUGAGCAGGCCAGGGCAAUGUUUGCGUAUGCGGUCGCGAUUACCAACGGUGCCAGUACUGACAGCAAUAACCUCUCUGAGCCUGGGCAUAUUGAUGUGAGUGAGAGUCAUAGCUGA